AUGGCACGAGGGACCAACAGGGAGGAUUUGGAAGAGUCGGAAGCCAGCGUGACGGAGAAGAAGGUUGUUGAUGAGAAAAGGAGCGUGGGGAUGGAAGUGGCACACGGCCCAGAACUGGAGAAAGGCGGAUCGACCUUGGGUCACGGGGCAGUUUCUUUUUUGGAUUGGGACCGAUGGAACCGCGGGCAACUUGGGGGUUUUGGGGGGGCUUCUGGGGUGUUUUGGGAGGACUUCAGUGUGUUUUAA